GCUCCUACGCUGCGCGCGCGGCGGCCCCGGUGGCGGCGCCGUCCCUGCGGCUCCUCCCGCCGCGGCGCGGCCCCCCGCGGCCCCGGGCUCGGGCGGCCGCCGCGGGCAGCUAGGCCCCCGGGGGCAGCGGCGGCGGGACCAUGGCCCGGAGACCCGGGGCGCCGGCUGCUUACGGCGACGAGUUCUCCUUCGUCAGCCCGCUGGUGAAAUACCUACUCUUCUUCUUCAACAUGCUGUUUUGGGUGAUUUCCAUGGUGAUGGUGGCCGUGGGCGUCUACGCUCGGCUGAUGAAGCAUGCAGCAGCCUUGGCCUGCCUGGCGGUGGACCCCGCCAUCCUGCUCAUCGUGGUGGGCGUGCUCAUGUUCCUGCUCACGUUCUGCGGCUGCAUCGGAUCCCUCCGCGAGAACAUCUGUCUCCUGCAGACAUUCUCCCUCUGCCUCACCAUCGUGUUCCUGCUACAGCUGGCGGCCGGGGUCCUGGGCUUCGUCUUCUCGGACAAGGCUCGAGGCAAAGUGAGUGAGAUCAUCAAUAACGCCAUCGUGCAUUACCGAGAUGACCUGGACCUGCAGAACCUCAUCGAUUUUGGCCAGAAGAAGUUCAGCUGCUGUGGAGGGAUUUCCUACAAGGACUGGUCCCAGAACAUGUACUUCAACUGUUCAGAAGAUAACCCCAGCCGUGAGCGCUGCUCUGUGCCUUAUUCCUGUUGUUUGCCUACCCCGAACCAGGCAGUGAUCAACACCAUGUGCGGCCAAGGUAUGCAGGCCCUUGACUACUUGGAAGCCAGCAAGGUCAUCUACACCAAUGGCUGCAUUGACAAACUGGUCAACUGGAUCCACAGCAACCUCUUCUUACUUGGCGGUGUGGCCCUGGGCCUGGCCAUCCCCCAGCUGGUGGGAAUCCUGUUGUCCCAGAUCCUCAUCAAUCAGAUCAAGGACCAGAUCAAGCUCCAGCUCUACAACCAGCAGCACCGGGCUGACCCGUGGUACUGAGAAGCCGAGGAAUCUCAUCCACCCAUCAG